AUGCUUCGAGUAAGUUUUUUAAAUUUUCAUUUGAAACAAAACUUGUUUUAUAAAAAUUGAAAACAAAAAAAACAUUGAUAAUUUUAUUUCAAAAAAAUUGAAUUCGUCCAAAAUAUAAAAUUAGGAAAUUGUUUAUCUUUUGUGGCACAUGUUGAAAACAAAACAUUUUUUUUUUCAAAUGCUAUUUUCAUUCAAUUCAACAUUAGAGAAAACUUGAUUGUGGAAACACCCAUCAAAUUUGUGACGUUUCAAAAAUUAUAUUUAUCAAAUAAUUUUUGCUCGUUUAAAAUAAUAGAUAACUUUAAGGUUUUUAUCGCCCUAUUUUUCGUGACACUGCAAAUUCUUUUGCUUUUCUUUGUUCUCAAGUUGAGUAUAAAUAUGUGGUUAUUUUUAGAUAUUUUUUUUUUGAAAUGAGUAUCAACUGUUGUUGUUUUUUUUUUAGUUGGUUUUAUUGUUAGUAAGAACAAAUUAGUUCCUCUCGAAAAAAAACUCACGUAUUUUGAUGAAAAAUAAAAAAAUAAUAAUGAAAUACGUGACCUUUUAAAUGAAACGCUCUGAUAUCAUUUUUUUGUUAUUUCUCGAAAGGUAAACGAUGGAAAUGGCAGAGAAUAAUUAGUUCUGAGGUUAGUUGACUCCAAAAUGUCUAUAGCUGGGUAAUAGUUUAUCAGGGUAAUGAUGGGGUGUUUUUUUUUAAUUAUCGGGUCAGGUUCAAAUGAUCGGACCUGCUUUUCACAAAGAUAGAAGUUGUUUCAACUUGAAACCGAAAUCUUGAAUGAAAUAUAUGUUUUCUAGUGCUUUUCGACCUACUGAUCACGAGCCCUUUGUCAGAAAAUACAAUUCUCAACUACUAAUAUUAGUUGUGACGUGGCAAAGUUGGAAAAUUUUGAAAAAUUAAGACAUUAGGAAGAGCGCUAUUAGAUUAUCAUCAAAACUAGUUUUAACCUCCUAAAGUUUCAAUUUUGAAAUUUUUCAACUUUUCCACGUCAUAACUCAUCCUAGAAGUUGAGUUUUACAGUUUUCGACAACGUUAUCGUGAUCAGCGUGUUGAAAACAGCUAGAAAACAUAUAAUCCAUCAGAGAGCUGUAAGUCGAAACAAUUCUCUUCAUAAAAAAUAAAACCGAUUUUGAGGCCCAAUUCUAUCCAGAAAAAUCAUAGACAUUCUGGUUCCAUUUGGGACAUUCUAGAAUUUGGGCCUAAUUAAUUAAACUUAACCAUUCUCAAAUUUCGUAAUAACAUUUUCACAUCUCUCGAGAGUUUUCAGAUAUUGUACUUUUAGUGUAAAAUUUGAUGUCAGAUUUUUAUCAAAAGCUGAAAUAUAGCAGAUCUUUUCAAUGUAUCAAAUAUUCUUUCGAACUUGCUCACAUGAGAAGUUCAAUGUUCUGUAAUUCGAUGCCGCGGAUAAUUUCUUAUUUUUCGUUUCCCUAAAAUGACGAAUUCGAAGUCCUUCUUCCGUUUUCACAGGAAACGUAUUUUCCUCCUUCCUAUUCAAUAUUAAAAAUUGGAUUUGAGUACGUCACUUUCGAAAGUUUUUUUUUCGUUUUGAAAAUGAUGAGACCCUAAAAGGCAAAAAAAUUUGAACUCACAUCAAAGCGUAUUUUUUCAAAAACAGAAAAAAUAUGUUUUUUUUUUUCAUCCUCGGGUUUUUCCACGAACGUCGGGUUUUUCUUCUUUCAUUUUUCCGUCCGUUUGUCUCCUAUUUAUUUCGUCACACUUUGUCGUUUUCUCUCAGUCACUGAAUAUUUCUCUGAAGAUUUUCUUUUUCUGCACUCUCUCCAAUUCGCCUGAUAUUUCUCCUUGAGCUGAAAAAAACGAGUGACGAAACUUUUUGGCUAGGCUUGUAGUAAGAAGAGGGAGAGAGAGGGAGGAGACACUUAUAUUUUUAUACGUCAUAUUUUUUUCUGCCUUUCUGCCAAUUAUGAUGAUUUUUUUCCGAGGAGAAACAAAAUAGUGACAAUUAUAUAUGUCAUGAUUUUUUCUGUUUGAAUUUCUUUAGUUCCACGAAUCAUUGUUUAUCUUCUUAUUUUAUUUUUCUCGACUGUCGACUUCAAUUUUUCCCAGAAAACCUAGACACUUUCCUGAAAGCCUCACAUCAGAAUUUUUAAUCAGUUCACAUUUCAAAUUCUUCCUGCCAUUUUGAAAUUCUAAUCAUAAAAGAUCACAAAUCUGUCAAAUCCGAGCUGAAUAAUCUCCACCGCCCUAAUGUAAAAAUUUCGUCGUCACUCUUCUAUUUUGAAAAAAAAAUAGAAAAACUAGUUUUUCCAUGUCAAUUUCAAUUUUCAAAAAAAAUAUGACGUUAUUUGGGAAUUAGUUACAGUAUCUCUUUUAAUUUCUUGGGUAAUGAUAGGUUUUAUCGUUUUUAUUAUUCUCGUUUCGAAUAUGUCAGUAGAUUUUUUUCAAAACUUGAAUCAUAGAUACUUAUUAGGAGAGCUUUUUUGGAACUGACUGAAAUUUUGUGUUUUUUUUGAGUUCGGAAAAUCGACAAUUUUUGGCCCAAUAAUUUUUUUGUUGAGAAACUUUGGAUCCGAAAAUUAUCAGAGAGAAAAUUUCGAAAUCUGAAAAAUCGCCAUCAUUACUCAAGAUUUUGAAAAACUUAUUUUUAGAAGAAGUCAUAUCUUUUUGAUUUUUGAAAAUACCCGCCGAUUUUUCAACCGGUUCCCAAAACUCCCCCUUGUCCCCCCGUUUUAUUAUACUUGAUUCCGAAUUAUUUCAAAAUACCCACCAAUUUUCCUUUCCCCCUUUUUUUUUGGUGGUGUAUUUCGAAACACCAGAAUACUCACGUUUAUUUGCUUAUUCAUACGAAUUCUAAACAUCUGCUGGUGGCUGCUGUUUCGUAAAAAAAAAAGAAAAAAUUAUGAAAUCAUCUAUGUUCUUUUCUUUCUUCUGCUUGACAUCAUUUUAAUAACAGCGUUCGAAAAAAAAAGAAAAUCUUGGCUAAAAAUAACUAACCGCUUGCUUGGUUAUUCAUUUUGCAACCAACAUUUCAUUUAAUAUUCUGAUGGAUCAAGACGCUUAUAAAUGAUGACUUAAAAAUGAGCUGAAAUUUUUUUUCGUGAGAAAAACAUGAUGAUGAUUUUUUUUGAACACUACCUAGGAUUUUUUUGGCUUUUUAGGCGCGUCAUCUUCAGAACUAAUUGUAAGCUCUCUGUGUCCUAAACAAUCAGAUUCUCCAGAGGCGACUACUUGACAACUAGGUUUAUUAGAGUCGCCUACUUGACAUAGAAGUUUUCAAGACGCGGCUCCUUACCAGAGUCAAUCUCUAGAGAAGGAUUCUAGCCAGCCCGGUUCUCUAGGCGUGAUUCCUCGAGAAUCAGGUCUUUUUCAUGAUUAUGAUUAAUUAUUAUAUUUUCACCUGUUUUUUAUAGGUUUCCAAAUGUUUUUUUAUCAAAAACAAAAAAAAUUACAGUAUUCCCCUUAUGCAGGUGAAAAAAGAGCUGAAAUUGAUCUACUUCAAAUUCAGCAGAUUUCCAUUUUCAUAUUUUUUGAUAAUGUCAGCUUGACAUUUAAAUUUCCAGGCGACAUCGACCGGAAAUUAUAAUAAAUAUAUUUAUUUGUGAAGCCAUUCAUUUCCAACAUAGGAAAUCUUAUAUAUAUUUUUUAGUUAUAUCAUAGCUGGAAAUAUGAGAGAUAAUCUUUGAAUUCGUCAUUUUCUGCGGCCUGGAAAAAUACUUCCAUGUUUUUUUUUCUGUUUUAAAAUUUCGAUUUCUCGAUGUUAUCUUUUUCUUUUUGUCUCAGCGUCUCUUAUAUUAUGAAACUGUUCUUUUUUUGGUUGCAAAAUGAUGUCAUUCAUUUUUGCUUGAAAAUUGCCGACUAUUUUUAUUUCAUUUCAUUUUUCGCAUUGUCUGAAAUCUUGACGAAGAUAAAUUUCAUAUUUUUUUGUUCUUCCUCGUUUUUUAAUUAAAAACCAAAAGGUUUUUGUAUUUAUUCGGCUACAAAUUUCUAUUUCAGAACCUUUUUUUCAUUUUCUCAAAUAUUUGGUUUUCAGAUUAUUUUUUACCUCAUAUUUCUCAUAGUUCUGAAUACGAUUUUCUAAAAUAAAAUCGAUCGAUUUUAUCAAUAAAUGUUAAAACAUAACUUAAUCACAUCACUUUCGCCCCAAAACUUUUUUUAUUUGAUAAAUUGUGACUGGAAAGUUUUAUGAUUGGAAUACUGUAGAUUUUGAAAUAUUUAUCUUAUUUUUGAUAACAAAAUUAACACAGAAUUGAAAUAUUUGAAUUUUAAAUUUGAAUGUCGUCAUUUUUAAAUUUUUUUUUCGCUGUGAAACAUCAGUCGUUUGAUGUUCAAAUUAUUACGUUUCCUCUCAAAUUUUUAUUUUUUCCAGGAAAUGACAGUGCUGGACACAGUAACAAUUAUAACACCGUGUGGUUUGGCAGCAUUAUUAAGGGAAGCAAAAAAGACGACACUCGUUGUGGAUUGUCGUGGAUUUACGGAAUUCAAUGAAUCACACAUCUCACAAUCGACAAAUGCAUUUUUUUCCAAAUUGAUUAGGAGGCGACUUUUUGAAAAUAAGGUGAGUUUUUUCUGGGAAAGGAUACGGUAGAUGACGAAUCUGAUGUUUGAGCAUAGAAACAAUGUGCUCAGAAGCCUUUGGAAAAUUUUUGAAAGGUUUCGUUUUUCUAAUUAUGAGAAAGGGUAUUUGGAGAUUGCUUGAUUUUUGUUCGAAAAAGUUGCAUGUUCAAAUGUUUUGAAAAAAAUCUAAAUUUCCACGUUUAGCUUCAUGUUUCUAAAUAAUGUGAUUUUUCAUUAUCGCCGCGCCUUUAGUUUUCAAAGUAAAAUUUUUCGGAGCAAAAUUUCAAAAUUUUUAUCCAAAUAUUUUUCGAAAAAAUUUCAACCCCUUUUUCAAAUUUCAAAUUGUUCUCUAUUCAAAACUCCACGUGACUUCUAACUUGCGAAAUUUCCAAGUUCAAAUAGUUCAAACUACAAAUCACCCUUGCCAAUUAUUUACACUACAUUCCAAAUAAACAACCAAUAUUGAUUUUUCUCCCGUCGUUUUUUUUCGUCUUCUCUGAUCACUUGAAAAAUCACCGAUUGACGUCACAACAAAUCCAAUCAUUUGUUGAUUAGUCAUUUGUAUCUACAGAAGAAGAAACAAAAAACAGAGAAUGUCUUUUGGAGAUACAUUUUUGGGUUGAUCCGAUUGUGACGUAAAAACUUUAUGAAUUUUGAAGUUUUUCGAGUUGAAAGUGUGAUUUGUGAAAUUUCUAUCCUGGACAGAAACCAUGUUUAAUCAGAGUUACGAAAUUUUCUGGACUUUUUGCUGUUAUCUUUGAAGUGAUGAAAAUGGAACACUACAAUGUAGUCGCUUCAAACAUCAGCAUCAAAUCGGAUUAAAAAAUGAAUCAGAUUUUUUUGGAAACAAUUUCAGCUGGAUGAAGUUGAACUUGGAAAAGGGUUCCUGAGAAAUCGAACCAUUUUAAAACAAUGAACUUGACCUGCGAAUCCGGAACAUUUUUUGAAAAGCCCAAUUUAUUUCUAUGUUCAAAAAUUGGUCCCUGAUCCAUAUUUUUUCUGUAAUAAUCUAAGGUGGUCUUAUGAUUUUUAGGUAGAAUAAGUCUGUCGGUUUCUAGACAACUUUGAAAAAAUCUGGACCUGGCUCGAUUCCAAACCAGCCUUUCUCACCCCCGCUCAGUUAUCAAAAUACCCAUGUUUGUUGUUGUUUUGUUUAUGUAGAUCGAUCCGUUCGUAAAUAUUGACUCAAACGCUUUUUAUAGUAUUUCGCUUCGGGUGUACGAUUAUUUUCCCGGUUCUUAUUUUUAUUUUUGCUCUUCGAUACACAAAAACAACACAUUUUCCAGCCAAAAAAAGAUAAUUUUCUGUAGAACAAAGCAUUAAAACAAAGAAAUAAAUAAUGGAGUCUGUCUCGAUUUGAACUUUGCAAACUUGACUCAUAAUUCAAUUAGUCAUUCAGUUAUCAACCGGUUUUUAGUUGAUUAUGACUUUUAGUGUGAGAGAGAGAGAGAAAUGUGAGUGAGUAAGUGUGAUAAAAAAGUAUUACUGUAGAAAUAUGGUAUGAGUAAUGGAUUUCGAAAUAUUCUGGACACAAUGAGUAAUAUGUUAAUUUUUUGGGGAAGGAAAAGAGGAAGAGGGCGGUAAUUGGAUCCUGGUCUAAUCUUGUUUACAUAAUUACAGAACAUGUGAACAUUAAUUAAUUUCAGAGGUGUUAUGAAAGAGAGAGAAGAUAGGAUUCGGCUUACUAGGUUGAAUUUAGGUUAAAUUCUCUUUCACUAGACUUGAUAGGCUCAAAAUUAGGCUUAAGCUUAAAAGUUGCAGACAUUUUCUGGAUUUUUAAUUGAAAAAUCUUUAUCAGCUUUGUUAGAGUAGGAAUUAGGCCUAAGCGUUUUAGGUCCCGAAAUUUAAAUUCCGCAGUUAAAAAUGCUAUUUUGGCAUUUUUUUAGCAUGUAUUUAGCUUCAAAUUGGAAACCACGUGUUAGAUUAUGUUCUAAGGCUUAACUUUUCUCAGAAUAAUUUUCUCUGGUGUUUUUUUUUAAUCUCAAAUUUUCUACUGAAAUUCGCCUUUGGAUAAAUUUCAUCCAUUCAUCCAUCCAGAAAACUCCAUUUUCUUCAAUUUCCCAAUAAAAUUUCCUCAUCUUUUCUUUGUGACUCAUCGAAAUUACAAAUAACCAAAAUUUCGAAAAUCCACUAUUUUUGCUUCUUUUUUCUACACACACAUCACAUUUAUGACUAAUUUUCGUGAGAAUGAAAUAAAAACCGAAAGAAUGACUCAUUUUAUGUGCGCAGCCAGCAAAAAAGCAGCCCAGCUUUUUUAUUUCGUUUCUGGGCGGAGCCUGGUCAACACAUGGUCAUUUUUUCCCAGAAAUACAUACUUGUGAAUAAUAAAUCAAAUAUUCAUAUUCAUGUUCCCUACAGUAGUCCUAUUUUUUCCGAGAACUUAAAAAAUAAAUAAAUGUAUAUAAUUUUCAGCUCUCACGAUAUGCUAUAAUUAUAUGACUAACUCUUUCAGAUUUCUUAGAAUUCGUUUUCUGUUUUUUUCUUUUCUCAGAGAACGAAUAACAAAAAUAUAUUAUUUUUUAUUUCUUUUCACAUGUGAGAUUUUUUUUAUUGAAAAACAAUUGUUUUGCAGCUCGACGAUAAUUGUCUCGUGCACCAUUUAAUGAGUUCUUCUGGAAAUCGAGACGAAAUGGAACAAAAACUUGAUAUUGUAUUGUAUGCGGAAGAGGAUAAACCAAGGGGAAAUAAGAGAAGGUAACUAGAUAGAAGGCUUCUGGAAAAAAAAUCUGAAAAUUCAAAUUUAUUGUAGAAUCGCGUCUUGUAAUGCACCUGAAUCAUCGGCCAAAAUUUUGCGAGUUUUGCGUGAGAGAUUGGAAGAAACUGAAAAAUUCAGAAGUGUUAUGGUUUUGGAAGGUUGGUUUUUAGAGAAGAUUUGGGAUUUUUUUUUGAAGCUACAGUAGGUAACUUUAUAACCGUAUUACCUAGAAAUCUGGGGGUUUUUUCAAAUAUUGGUUCGUUUUUCUCAGAAAUUUUUCAAUUUUUCCACAAACACAUAGUUUUAUUUUCCCAAAAAUGUCACUUGACACAAAUCUCCUAAGAAUAUUUUUCUAGUGACAAACACGGCAUCUCCUCUUUUUUUUUCUUCAAAAAACCCAGCUUUUCCGAAUGUUUUUCGACUUCUCCUUGAAAGUGCUAAUGAAAUUUUUUCGAAAAAAAAGAAAGCUUUUUGGUUUGCUUGAGGUUUUUUGUCUUCUUCUUCUUCUUCUCAUUUUGUCGCGCUUUUUUCGUACGUCAAGAACACUUGGUUGAUUGUCAUUUCCAGGCAAGCAAAAUGAGGAAAAUGUUGUUUAUUCCUCGUUUUUUUUGUGUUUUUCUUGCCAUCUUCAUCUUAUUUAUUACACACGUUUUUGUUUUUAUUAGAUUUUCGUUUGGGGUGAAAAGUGUUUCGUGAUCAGACCAGUGAGCAUGAUUCAUAGGAGCAAGCAAAAAAAAAUAAGAGAAAAAAUAGAGAGAAGGCGGAGUCAGCCGGGAUAUUAGAUUUUCAGAAACAAGUAGGAGGAAAUUUUAUUUAUUUUGAUUUUUUCUUGGAACUUGACUUGAGCUGAUUUUUGGAGAAUUUUCAAGAAAUCCUGUUUUGACAACAGAUUUUGAAUCAGAUCACGGCCCUUCCUAAUCCAAUCCUGAACUACCCACUGGGCGAAUUUUUGAGAGCGGGAACCGGGAAUCGAACCCGUGACCCUGAGAUUGACAGCAUCCACCAUUGCCACUGAACCGCUCAGUCAGACUUGGUCUGAUUUCUCAAGCCCUUCUCGAAAUUUCUCACUGAUAACUAAUCAAAAGUGUUUCACCGCCAUUCCAAAAUUUGAUAUCUGAAAUGUGACACAUCAAAAAACCACCAACCAAAAAAUAUUUAUUUAAUGAGUCGGCACACACUCAACAUUUUUUCGCGACGAAAUUAUCUAUUAUCACUCGACAGUUAUUUUGCUCGUCUCAAAGAUUAUUUUCAGUUGGAUAUUUAAAGCUCAUUGAUGGAAUUACAGACACACGUGUCUUGUUUUUCAUGAUAAAGUGUAGAUUUUGAAGUACUAAUAACAAUCAAAUUAUAGUUAUUUUGCACGUUCUUUGAUUCUUUCAAGAUUCUUUUUAAAAAAAAAAUUUCCUUUUGAGUUAAUUUAAUUUGAAUUCAAAGUUUUAAUUAGAAACUAAAAUAGUUUUCAUAAUUAGUGUCAGAAUAUGCAAAUUCAAAAUGAGUCACACCACAUGUUUUCUCUGCGUCUCAUCGUCUAUUGAUUCACCAAAAAUGGCACAUCUCUCGACUCUCUCGUAUUUCCAUACUCUCUCAUUCUCUAGCCGUUGGCUCAACUCCAAUUUCGAUUUUCCUCCUCCUCCUCCUUCUUCUUCUAGUCUCUUAUUUUUUCUAUUCUUCGUGUAUUUUCUACGUCUUCUGAAUAUUCUCCUCUUCUGAAUCUGAAUCGGAAUCCCGAAAUGAAAAUGGUUGAAAAAGUUGAAAAUCGAAAAGAAUCGAAGACGGCAAAACGACGAAGAAAGCGAAAGAAUCGAAAGAUUCGAAUUGAAAAAGAACGCUUGGAGAAAAUUGAAAAUGAGCAGAAAAUGUUGAAAAUUAAACUGGGACUUCCGCUGAAAUUGCACGAAGCGAUGGAAGAGAAAUUGGAAUUUGAGAAUAGUGAGUUUGGAAUUUGAAUCAGUUGAUUUUGGUUUUAUCAGUUUCUCUCCGCGAGGUUUCAUAUUUUGAUUAUUUUCAUUGUUGAAAAAAAUGUGCCGAAGCAAUUUCAAAUCGGCCUCAUUUCCUAGAAUCUAGAGUCUAGAUUCUAGACCUAAAGAUCUAGGAUUCUGGAAUUUUUUCUUAGUCGUCUGCAAAUUGUUUUCCCAAGGUAGAUAACUUAAUUUGAGAGUCUCAAACCAUUUUCAUUAUUUUCCAAUAAUUUGAAAUAACCUCUUGAGACACAAAUUCACUGAAUCACUUUCUAGUUUUAUCAAUUCCUCUCCAUUUUCCAAAUUUUUUGAUAAAUUUUCACAAAAAAAUAUGUGACGUAUGUGUUGUUUUUCCUCUAAACAGAUACCCAUAUAAUAAAUAAUACUUGCUAACUAUUAUAUUUUGAGUCAUCGUCGUCAAAACACGUGUGAUCAUUUUGGUCUCCAAAAAAACCUUCUUUUCUUCUUCAUUUUUUCUUUCUUUCAUUCCUUGUUCUAUCCGAUGAUUCAUUUCGAACACUGUUGGGCGGAGCUUAUUUUUUGUAUGUGUGUGUCGUUUUUUUUCUACUUCACUGUUAGACCAAAUCAAAUCAGAUCAAAUAUUUUGCAUUCUGUAGUAGUACUAUAUAUAUAUAUAUAAAACACUCAUAAUAUAAUUUAUUCAUAAUCACCUAAUUUAUCUAUUAGCUUAUUUUAAAAUUGUCAUCAAUAAUGAUUAAUUGUAAGUUAUCAUUUAAUUUUUUUGUGCAAAAAAUUUUAAUGUUUCCACGAAAUUUUUUUAAAUGAUAAAAAAGUUUGCAAAUUCCUCUUCACCCCGAAAAAAAAAUGAUUUCGAGAAAUAUGAGUCAUUGAGUAAAGUUAGAGAACACAAGAAGAGGAAUCACCUGGUCGCGUCUCUAACACUCUCUCAGUUCUCAAUGCUAUUUCGCUCGAUGUGUCAUUGAAACGAGGAAUGGAGGCGCAGAGAAAAAGCGCAUAUUCUAUUGUUGUCACUUUGGUUUUUUUUGUUGUUGUUUGAAAAUGGAAAAAUAUGUGUUUAUGUAUGAAGGGGGCCCUUGUUUUUUGAAUUAUUCAUUUUUAAGUCCCUCAAAAGGGGAAGUGAAUUUCAAAACUCUUGUCAGCAUUUCAUAUUUUUAAAAUGCACCACUUCCUUUUUCUUAUCACAAAAUUACUUCCUUUUUUAUCUGUGCCCGCCUUUUUUAUGCGAUAGAUUAGAAUACUAUCUUGUCUAUUUCGUACUCAACAUGACAAUACCUAAAAAAUUAAUUUUGCUCAAAUUCUCUAAAAUUGUUCAUAAUGGUAAAUUAUUUAAUAUUUAUUAAGAAAGCUCUUAAUUUUUCUUUCAAAAAAUUGCGAUUUUUGCAGGUGGAUAUAAACAUUUUGCAACUCAAUAUCCUCAAUUGUGUGAAUCAUCAGAAGGAAUGACCCGAUUACCGCAGAGUUUAUCUCAGCCAUGUUUAUCAAAUCCAAAUGGCGACGGAAUCACCCAAAUCACACCAAAUGUAUAUUUAGGAAGUCAAAUGGAUAGUUUGGAUGCUCAAAUGUUGAAGGUAGAUCAAACUAAUUAAUAAUUAUUUUCCAAUGUUUCUUGUUUUUCCAGGCUUUGGAUAUCACAGUUGUCAUCAAUUUAUCGGUCAGUUGUCCGAAAAGUGUUUGUAUACAAGAUGAGAACAAUUUUAUGCGAAUUCCGGUAAAUGAUUCGUAUCAAGAGAAAUUGUUGCCAUAUUUUCAAGUGGCGUUUGAUUUUUUAGGUAAUUAUUUUUUUCCGAUUUUUCAUUGCCAUCUUUAAAAUGUCGAUUUUUUCAGAGAGAUGCCGAUUGGCUGGUAAAAAAUGUCUGAUUCAUUGUUUGGCUGGAAUUUCGCGCUCUCCAACUCUUUGUAUUUCUUAUAUAAUGAGAGCAAUGAACAAAAAUAGUGAUGAUGCAUAUCGAUAUGUUAAAGAAAGAAGACCUUCGAUUUCUCCAAAUUUUAAUUUUAUGGGACAAUUAUUGGAAUAUGAACAUCAAUUGAUUGAAGAGAAUAUUUUGAAAAGUGGCCAAGCUUCGAGACCAAAUCGAAUCGAACAUCAUAUUCCACAAUUUUCAUCGUCAUCUGAUAUGGAUUUGUGCCCACCAAAAGUUCCGAAAUCGGCAUCAUCACAUUGUGUUUUUUCACCAUCUUUUACAUCAAAUGUUUCACAACAACAACAGCAAAAAACUUCGGAUUCUGAAUCAGAUGAGCCAUCAAAUCAAGUAAAUGCAAAUGGAAAACGAGGAAUGUCUCUUGAAUUACCAUUGAGACCAAGAGCCCUUGGACUCCCAAUGAAAACAUCGCAAUCUCUGAGACAAGAAUUGCCAUCGCCAAGUUCGGAAUUUUCGAGAAUGUCAUUCGAUGGAAAAGAGGAUUUGACAUCUUUUACAAAUCCAUGUUUUCUUCCACCAAUUACACCAACUCGAGAAGUUACGAUUCCACUUGGAAGUUCGAUUGAGAAUCCAUUGUAUUUUCCGAAAAAUGAUGUUUCGAAAUUCAAACGGUUUUCGCCUCAAAAGGUAAUAAUUUUUUCCUUCAAACAAUUUUUUCUAUCCGAAUAACCCCAUUAAAUUUCUAUUAAAAAAUAUUAUUUUAUUUUAGCAAUGUGACGAGUCAACAUCUACCUCAAAUACUUCUUCAACUUCUUCUUCUUCUCGACCAGAAUGUCUUCGCUCUUCAACAGUUCUUAUAAAUACACCAACAUUUCCACCAACAACUGAAGAAGAAGAAGCUGAAUCACCCGAAUCGGGGUUUGUUGAAGAAGAUGAAAAUGAUGAAGAUGAACAAAUUCAUAGCAGCAAUAAUUCAGAUGAUACUGUAUCAAUAAGUUCGGCUAGUUCACUUGAAAUUACUUGCAAAUAA